UCACAGCGCCAUUUUCUAAGUUAUAGAGUUGCAUAGCAACGCCUUAUUAGAUUCGUUUGAAACGAUCUAAUUAUAUACGGCGUAUAAAGCUUCAAAAUUGUAGAAAAAGUUUCACUGUAUAUUUAUUUUUCUGCUUAAACUGAGAAUCGAUUGAUUUUUAACAUCAGGGAAUACCAAAUUUGUGUGUUGUCUGCUAGAAUCAUCAAAGUGAGAAACACACGUCCAGAAUUACCUCCCUUGCCUCUCUGUUACCGCCAUUUUCUAAUUGUAGAAAAAUAUUUCUUUGAGUCAAAUCACAAAUAAUUUCGUAAAUAACUUCAUCACUUCAUAUUUAUAAUUAUAAACAAGAGCUUUCUCUUCAGUUGCUUCUCGAAUCACUUCUCUGGUGUAACACUGACUGACGCUAAAGCUAGAAUAACCUCCCUUCUUCUAACGCCAUCGCCAUAUUUCUUUACAGAUCUGCUGCUUUCCUGCGAUGCCGCAGAAUUUUACAUGUUGCACCCUUUAUAAGCAUCAUGUUGACACAUAUCAGAAUAUCCUGAUAGAACUGCUCAUGGCCACUUGAACUAUGCAAUGGAACUGGUGUUAUUCUUCAAUGUUACAUCAAUCCUGACUGUUGAAUCUGUUUCACAAGAAUUGUAACGUUCAUGGUUGGACAACUGAAGCACUGCCACCCGUAAUGGUAAAGCUUCAUUCCUGCCAUGUCUUCAGAUUCUAAUAGAAAUAUCUACUGACAGUUUGACGAUGAUGAUGAUGAUAUGUGGAUAUUUAUACAUGGAUUAAAACAUAGCCAAAUCUCUCCAUAGAGGCCUGCUAUGAAAUAGUUUAAUAAUUACUUUGCACUCACACGUUCAUAUCUCUUUGUCUGUGUGUCUAUCUUCCAUCAUCAUCAUCAUCAUCAACAACAGCAACAACAACAUCAGCAGCACAUUUUUCUAAGGUAUUUCCCAAAAUGGCUGAAAACUUCCAGUGUAAAUAUUGUAAUGAAAUAUUUACGUCUUUGGCCGAUCUUUCACAGCAUAAAAAAAUUCAUACUUUUUCGUGUGACAUUUGUUCCACUGAAUUUUUGUACAAAUCUUUAUUGUCAACACACCUGAGGACACACCUGAAGAAGCCUUUCAAAUGUGCGAUAUGUUGUCGCAACUUUGCUAAAUCAGUGCAGUUCAAUGCACACAUGAAAACACACGAGACAGUCCCUUGUUACAAAUGUGGUUUCUGUAGCCUGACUUUCACCACAGCUAGCAAUAUGCUUUCCCAUAUUGAAGAACAUCUGCGUACCCAGUAUCAAUGUGGACUUUGCUCCAAGGGGUUCGAGUUACUCGAUGACCUUUCUGAACACCUCCGACUGCAUUUCAAAAUAAAAUCUCUUGGACAACGCAGUAAAAGACCAACUGUUGUUAACAACAGUAAAGAAACUGUAUUGGACCCAACCUCUACGUCAACUGUUGCUGAGGUCUCUAAGACAUGUGAUUCGAAUCAAGAAAAAAACGGUGAUGUCGCAACUCUGCCUAGGGACUGCAACGAAGCAGCUAAGCGCAGCGCUAAAGUGCACCAGUGUGAGUACUGCAAUGCCACAUUUAAACGUAAGCAUCUGUUGACCACUCAUCGGAGAAUCCAUACUGGUGAUCGGCCGUAUAAGUGUAGCUAUUGUGAUAAGAACUUCAGUCGUUAUUAUGCAAUGGUGGCCCAUGAGAGACUCCAUACUGGGGAACGUCCGUAUAAAUGUAACCAGUGUGAUAAAUCAUUUACUGUCUCUAGUCACUUAAAUGUUCAUUUUAAACUAAAACAUAUCGGUUUAAGGCCUCAUAAAUGUGACCGAUGUGACAAAGCUUACCGUAGUCCGGGAGAGCUUCGCAUUCACAUCCGUUCCCACACUGGGGACCGGCCUUUUUCAUGUGAGGUCUGUGGGAAGAACUAUGCUACCCAAUGUUCACUGACCAUUCAUAAAAAGACGCACUCCCCAGACAAAAAACCUUACAUUUGUGAGUUGUGUGGUCUCUCUUAUAAGCAGCCGAGCAGUUUAAGUGUCCAUAUGCGUACUUCACAUGGAAGCGACAAAGAGAAAAAACAUCACUGUGAAUUCUGUCAAAAGAGUUUUCAUAUUGCCGGGAGCCUUCUGCGGCACCGGCGCAUCCACACAAACGAAAGGCCUUAUUUGUGUGACCUUUGUGAUAAGUCAUUUCGUGAAUCUUCAGCUCUCAAAACCCACAAGAGGCGACAACAUCUUGGUGAACGUCCGUAUCAUUGUGAUUGUUGCGACAAGUGUUUCUGUACCCAAACGGAUCUUACCAGACACAAAAAAACCCACAAAGGCCUUGCUGUCCUUUCAUCUCUGGCGGUUAGUAUUGCUGAAAAUAAGCUGAAAGAUGUACCUGCUUCUCAGUCUCUCUAUUCAAAACCUACCGAGGAAAUACAAUUAACUGCUUCACAGCUACCAGUAACCAUAGCUCAGCCCGUUGUGUCUCCCCUAACUGUGCCUAUCCCACAACAAACUGUGUCUCCUUUGACUGUUUCUGUUACACAAGAAGACCCAUCUUCCCUAGCAGUGCCCAUCACUUCUGUAUCAAGCUCUCUAGAAGAAAUGUACGUGGUACCUCAAACCCCAAAUGAAAUAACUCUAUCUCAUGAUAUUUCAUUACACCCUGAAGAGACUUGUGAAAUAACCGCUUCUCACGCAGUGCAAAUAUCUGAACAGUUACAAGAUGUGUCGGCUGAUGUGUCGAUGUCCACUGUCCAGGAUGUGACCUUAUCACACGACUCUAUGGUGGUUGUCACUGACCAGCAGUCACCUGCUAUUGGUUCAAUGACAUUAACGUUACCUGUCUCCUCUAUCCAUCAAACCUUCCCUUACAAAGUGACGUGGCCCUACAUUUUUCACCUCAAAUGUCCCUGACAAUCCCCAACAGCGUUACUUCGUCACAUUCUGUCGUACCUACCACUUCUCAGACAGUAGCUCUCUCACAAGUGGUCCACUCCCUUACGUAAUGUGGAAACGAGUUGUGAAUCUUGUAAUUAAUUACCCAUACUUGGCUACUGGAUGUUUAGCAGGUACUCCGCAUCCCCCGUCAGCGUUUUAGAGAUGAGGAUUUGUUCAACAGUUAUUUUACUCCAAAUGUCAUUGGCGGAUAAGUAAGUUGCUGGGUGUGUGCCUCCUGCAUCCCAGCUGAGUGAUGACAAACCUGACAAAUAUGUCAUAGACAUCACAUUGUGAUGACAAAACUGACAUAGACAUUGUAUUGUGAUGACAAACAUGACAUAGACAUCACGUUGUGAUGACAAACCUGACAUAGAUGUCACAUUGUGAUGACAAACAUGGCAAAGAUAUCCCAUCAUGAUGACAAGCAUGUCAUAGUCAUCACAUUGUGAUGACAAAUCUGACAGAAACAUCACAUCGUGAUGACAAACAUGACAUAGACAUCACAUUGUGAUGACAAACAUGUCAUAGACAUCACAUUGUGAUGACAAACCUGACAUGUCACAUUGUGAUGACAAACAUGGGAAAGACAUCCUAUCAUGAUGACAAACAUAUCAUAGUCAUCACAUAAUGAUGACAAAUCUGAUAGAAACAUCACAUUGUGAUGACAAACACGUCAUAGACAUCACAUUGUGAUGACAAGCCUGACAAGCAUUGUGAUGACAGACCUGACAUAGAUAUGUUUUGAUGAAAAACCUGACCCUGAUGUCAGUAACAUAACACUAUUAAUAAUAACUGUUACCAUGGUGAUAGUUACAUCAGUCUCUACUUAUCAUUGACUCUCUACUUAGACUCGACUCUACUUAGCAGUGACUCUCAAUUCCAAUCUGGGUCAGCUUAAAGACCUUCUGCAUUAAUUUUGGAUUUGCGAAUCAAUCCAGUUGUUGUCAGUGAGUCAAGAAGGGAUCAUUAAAUGAGGAGAGAGGAAAAUGAUACCUUAAAUGAAUGUAAGUUGUUCUCAUUAAUUAGUUUUCUGUUAAUUAAAGGACACAAUCCAUUCAACAUUCUAAUUGAACCCACUCCCCUCACUUCAAAAAUCACGUUCAGUUAUAUUCAGUUUGUGGAAACAAGGAAAAAUUCCAAUUAAUUUAUUUAUUUUGAUUUCUAUUUUCAAUCAAUGAACUUUACAUAAAUGUUCAAUUUUGAGAAAUAAACAACAAUUUUAUAUUUUUGA